CUGGGCGGUGCAGCCGCCACGGCGGAUUGGAGCGGGAAAGGCGCGGAAUCCGUGAACUGCCUGUGGCUCCGAGGGCGCAGGUGAUGGGGUUAGCUCCUGGACUGACCGGUGGUGUCCUGCCCCAUGGACGCCUCCUCUAGCCCGUGGACUCCAACCCCGGCUCCCGUCAGCGGCCCCUCCCUGCUGCUCCCCAUCCCCGCCAUCGUCGUUCUCUCCGUGGGCAUCUACCUGUUGCUGUUGGGCCUUGUGCUGCUGACCAGGCACUGCCUGCUGGCCCAGGGCUGCUGCACAGACUGCAGCUCCCCCUGCAGGAAGCAAGGCACCUCCAGGCCCCAAGACUGUUGCCAGACCUGUGCCGAAGCCUGUGACUUCCCCCUGCCCAGCCCAGCCCGCUACUUGGAUGCCUGCUGCCCCCAGCCCGCCGAAGCUGACUGGGCCCCUCGCUGCCCUCGCUGCUGCCCGCUCUGCGACUGUGCCUGUGCGUGCCAACUUCCUGACUGCCAGAGCCUCAACUGCCUCUGCUUUGAGAUCAAGCUCCGAUGACGACCCCUCAGGGUCCCUGCUCUUUGGGGAGUGGCCAGCCCCCAGGGCCCACAGGCCCUGUUCCCUGAGGGGACUCAGGACAACUUUCUCCAGGCCAUUGGAACCACAAAUGGCCUGCCCAGCUCACCCGCCUGGGAACCGGCAGUGGAGAGCCUGGCUCCCUGCAGAGUGGGACUCACAGAGCCCUUGGCCAGCAGGCCGGCAGCCCCUUAGCAGGGCCAGGAGAGAGGGGCUGGUGCUCCGGCAGGUCCCCCUGCCCUUGUCUUUCCCUCCCCAAGUAACUGAUCAUAUUUGAAGAUCGCUGUCCAGAGAUUUAUUUCUCUUGACAGCCCGUUGAGGGCCUCAGUCUGGAUUUCCAAGGAAGAAAUCUCUGAAGUACCCGAUGAGGACGUUGGGCCUUCUGCCUUCCGCACAACUUCUCAUUCCAAAAUACUCCGUUUGGUUUUGCUUCCAGGCAAGGUGACCCCCA